AUGGAAGAGAUUGGUCUGUCCCCGAAUCCUCAUGAGCAGGGAGAGGUGGAUGUUCCCGACUUUGCUCCAAUCACUCCUGUAGAUCCACUUCGACUUAAUGAUGAGGAUCUGUAUCAAAAGCUUAAAUCCCUCAAGAAGCAGCUGGAGUUUAUCCAGGUUCAAGAGGAUUACAUUAAAGACGAGCAAAAGAAUCUCAAAAAAGAAUAUAUGCACGCCCAGGAGGAAGUUAAGCGCAUCAAAAGUGUCCCCUUAGUGAUUGGUCAAUUUUUGGAGGCUGUGGAUCAGAGCACUGGCAUUGUUGGUUCCACAACAGGCUCCAACUAUUACGUUCGUAUCCUUUCUACAAUUGACCGUGAACUCCUUAAGCCAAGUGCUAGUGUUGCUCUCCACAAGCACAGCAAUGCACUCGUGGAUGUUCUUCCACCUGAGGCUGACAGCAGUAUCACAAUGCUGCAGGCAGACGAAAAACCAGAUGUCUCUUAUGCUGAUAUUGGUGGAAUGGAUCUUCAGAAGCAAGAGGUACGCGAGGCAGUCGAGUUGCCAUUGACACACUUUGACCUCUAUAAACAAAUUGGAAUUGACCCACCUCGUGGUGUCCUAAUGUUCGGUCCUCCCGGGUGCGGGAAAACUAUGCUUGCCAAGGCUGUUGCUCAUCACACCACCGCUGCAUUCAUCCGCGUUGUUGGGUCAGAAUUUGUGCAAAAGUACCUUGGUGAGGGUCCUCGCAUGGUGCGUGAUGUCUUUCGGUUGGCGAAGGAGAAUGCACCUGCUAUUAUCUUCAUUGAUGAAAUUGACGCGAUCGCAACGAAACGAUUUGAUGCUCAGACUGGAGCUGACAGAGAAGUUCAGAGGAUUCUUCUGGAACUUCUUAACCAAAUGGACGGGUUUGAUCAGGCCGUUAAUGUCAAGGUCAUAAUGGCUACGAAUCGAGCUGACACCUUGGAUCCAGCCCUUCUGCGUCCUGGCCGUCUGGACCGAAAGAUUGAAUUCCCCCUCCCAGAUCGUCGUCAAAAGCGCCUCAUUUUCUCCACCAUCACCAGCAAGAUGAAUCUAAGUGAGGAAGUCGAUCUUGAGGAUUAUGUGGCUCGUCCAGACAAAAUCUCCGGUGCUGAUAUCAAUGCCAUUUGCCAAGAGGCUGGUAUGCAGGCAGUGCGUGAGAAUCGGUAUGUUGUUUUGGCCAAGGAUUUUGAGAAAGGCUACAAAAAUAAUAUCAAAAAGGGUAACCAGGAACUCGAUUUCUACAAGUAA